UCUGCAGAACCUUGGACAGAAGCUGCGAGCCGCCGCCGCGCCGAGCCGAGCCCCGGGGCCGCGGCGCGCAUUGCAGAGGGCCUGGGACGCAGCGGCUGCGGCUGCCGCGGGAGCCUGCCUGCGGAUCCGCAGGGCUACACGCGUCGCGUCCCGGGAGCGCCUCCUUUCUCCCUGCGGCCGCUUCAGGCUUGGUAAGCCUUCCUUUCCCUCAGGCCGGCAGGCUGGGCGCGCAGGGGCGCCGGCCCCCGCCGGGCGCGCAGUGGCACCAUGGGCACAGUGCUGUCCCUGUCCCCCAGUUAUCGGAAGGCCACGCUGUUUGAGGAUGGCGCGGCCACGGUGGGCCACUACACGGCGGUGCAGAACAGCAAGAACGCCAAGGACAAGAGCCUGAAGCGGCACUCCAUCAUCUCGGUGCUGCCUUGGAAGAGGAUCGUGGCGGUGUCAGCCAAGAAGAAGAACUCCAAGAAGGCGCAGCCCAACAGCAGCUACCAGAGCAACAUCGCACACCUCAACAAUGAGAACCUGAAGAAGUCGCUGUCGUGCGCCAACCUGUCCACAUUCGCCCAACCCCCGCCGGCCCAGCCGCCCGCACCUCCAGCCAGCCAGCUUUCCGGCUCCCAGACUGGAGUCUCCUCGUCUGUCAAGAAGGCCCCGCACCCUGCCAUCGCCUCUGCAGGGACACCCAAGCGGGUCAUCGUCCAGGCGUCCACUAGUGAGCUGCUACGCUGCCUGGGCGAGUUUCUCUGCCGCCGGUGCUAUCGCCUGAAACACUUGUCCCCCACGGACCCUGUGCUCUGGCUGCGCAGCGUGGACCGCUCGCUGCUCCUGCAGGGCUGGCAGGACCAGGGUUUCAUCACACCCGCCAACGUGGUCUUCCUCUACAUGCUCUGCAGGGAUGUUAUCUCCUCCGAGGUGGGCUCGGACCACGAGCUUCAGGCUGUCCUGCUGACCUGCCUGUACCUCUCCUAUUCCUACAUGGGCAAUGAAAUCUCCUACCCGCUCAAGCCCUUCUUAGUGGAGAGCUGCAAGGAAGCCUUUUGGGACCGUUGCCUCUCAGUUAUCAACCUCAUGAGCUCCAAGAUGCUGCAGAUCAAUGCUGACCCACACUACUUCACACAGGUGUUCUCCGACUUGAAGAAUGAGAGUGGCCAGGAGGACAAGAAGCGACUCCUCCUGGGGCUCGAUCGGUGAGCCCCUGUAGCCGGUAUCCCGGCUCAAGGAUUCCAUUUGUUUUUAAAAAUUUAUUACUAAACGAA